AUGAAACGUUUCUCCAAUAAUCCCAUCCAUCCAUUAUUUGAUACAAUACUUGAUCGCUUUUUUUUACAAAUUUUACCUUCGAUUCAUCAUAAAAUCCAGUGGCUCGAUGUUGAAUCAUCAAGUGUGGAACGUAUUCUUCUUUCCACAAAUUAUCCUAAUUUAUAUAGACUUGGUUUAUAUAAUCUUGAAAUAGAAGAAGCAAAACAUCUUUUUACUAAAUGGUCAAAAGAUGAUUUAUGUGAUAGUACAAGUACAACAAUUGAAGAUCUUCAAUUAAAUUGUAUAAUAUUAACAAUACGUUCAAAUAAUCAAUCUUGA